GGGUCCAGGGCGGAAGUUCUCCGCCCCACCCGUAAGAGCUGGGCUUUGCCUGUGAGCGAGCGAGGAUUCCGCCUCGGCUCCCGUUGUCCACCGCCCUUCAUCCUGUCGCUGCUGGCGCGAUUCCUGGCACUCAGGUUCGGUGAAUAUCCUGAAUCCCAGCCAACCAGUCAUGGACUUUACCAUCUCUGGGAGAAGACACAAGAAAAGGACAGGAGCUGGAGAGACAGUAAAGCAGGUGGAACACACAUCCCCCACCUACAUGCUUGCUAAUAUAACCCACUUACACUCUGAACAACUUCUUCAGGGCUUGAAUCUUCUUCGUCAACAUCACGAACUCUGUGACAUCAUUCUUCGAGUAGGUGAUGUUAAAAUCCAUGCUCACAAAGUGGUACUUGCCAGCAUCAGCCCAUAUUUCAAAGCUAUGUUCACUGGAAACCUUUCUGAAAAAGAGAACAGUGAAGUUGAGUUUCAGUGCAUUGAUGAAGCUGCUCUCCAGGCCAUUGUCGAGUAUGCCUACACGGGGACAGUUUUUAUUUCACAGGACACAGUUGAAUCUCUCCUUCCAGCAGCAAACCUACUCCAGAUAAAACUUGUCCUGAAAGAAUGUUGCGCUUUUCUUGAAAGCCAGCUUGAUCCUGGUAAUUGCAUUGGAAUUUCUCGUUUUGCAGAGACUUACGGCUGUCAUGAUCUUUAUUUGGCAGCCACUAAAUACAUAUGUCAGAAUUUUGAAGCUGUUUGCCAGACUGAAGAGUUUUUUGAGCUUUCACAUGGUGAUUUGGAUGAAAUCGUCUCCAAUGACUGCUUGAAUGUAGCUACCGAAGAGACUGUGUUUUAUGCACUUGAGUCUUGGAUCAAAUAUGAUGUACAAGAACGCCAGAAAUACUUAGCACAGCUACUUAACAGCGUGCGAUUACCACUCCUGAGUGUUAAGUUUCUCACUAGACUUUAUGAAGCAAAUCAUCUUAUUCGUGAUGAUCGCACUUGUAAACAUCUUUUGAAUGAAGCUCUAAAGUACCACUUUAUGCCUGAACAUAGACUCUCUCAUCAGACAGUCUUGGUCACACGGCCUCGCUGUGCUCCCAAAGUACUGUGUGCAGUAGGAGGAAAAUCUGGACUGUUCGCCUGUUUGGAUAGUGUGGAGAUGUACUUCCCCCAGAAUGACUCUUGGAUUGGGUUGGCACCCCUAAACAUUCCUCGUUAUGAAUUUGGAAUAUGUGUCUUAGACCAGAAAGUUUAUGUUAUAGGGGGUAUAGAAACUAAUGUACGUCCUGGCUUCACUAUCAGAAAACAUGAAAAUUCAGUAGAAUGCUGGAAUCCUGAUACAAACACUUGGACUUCUCUUGAGAGAAUGCAUGAGAGCCGAAGUACUCUUGGAGUAGUCGUGCUUGCAGGAGAACUUUAUGCCUUAGGUGGUUAUGAUGGACAGACAUAUUUGCAGUCUAUAGAGAAAUAUGUUCCCAAAAAAAGAAAAUGGAUUCCUUUGGCACCAAUGACUACAACAAGAAGUUGUUUUGCUGCAGCUGUAUUGGAUGGAAUGAUUUAUGCCAUUGGUGGGUAUGGUCCUGCCCACAUGAACAGUGUGGAGCGUUAUGAUCCAAGUAAGAACAACUGGGAGAUGGUUGCAUCUAUGGCAGAUAAGAGGAUCCACUUUGGUGUUGGUGUCAUGUUAGGCUUUAUAUUUGUGGUGGGUGGACAUAAUGGUGUAUCUCAUUUGUCAAGCAUUGAAAGAUAUGACCCUCAUCAAAAUCAGUGGACAGUAUGUAAACCAAUGAAAGAACCCAGAACAGGAGUUGGUGCUGCAGUAGUUGAUAACUACCUUUAUGUAGUUGGUGGUCACUCAGGGUCUUCAUAUCUGAAUACUGUGCAAAAAUAUGACCCUAUCUCAGACACAUGGCUGGAUUCAGCUGGCAUGAUUUACUGUCGCUGCAACUUUGGUUUAACUGCCCUUUGACAAGUACAGACUUGUGGAAAUACUGUGGUGAUGAACCUUGUGCUGCAUGAAAGGAUGCUCAAUAUUUUGAAUCUCAAAAGCUGCAUUGCUUUGUUUUUAACUUGAAAUGGCAUGAAGACAGAGUUCUGUUGGGUACUUUAAACAAGUUAGUUUUUGGGUUGAUCUUUACUAUACGUGAAUUAUGAGAAAAAAAAAAAAGAAAAGAUCUUGCCAAUUGAGUUGUGCACUUUUUCCCUCUCCUAAUACUGUUAUAAAGUAGUUUUAUAUUCUUUCGUGUAUAUGUGAAGAAAACCUUGCUGGGUUUUUUUGUGUGUGUGUAUGUGUAUGUCUAUAUGUGUCUCUCUAGCUCUCCCACCUUGAUAAGCACCAUGAUUUACUAGGAUGAGAGAAGCUUUGAUGCUGAAGUGUAUUGGAUAACUGGACAGAAUGCUGAUUCUGUCAUUCGGUUGUAAAUUCAUAUGCUUCACAUUUUAAACAAUAAAGGGCUGCUUUUUCCAUCCCCCCUGGUACUUUGUAAAGGUUGUAAAUUACAUGGUAUAGUGAGUCAACUAGACAUUCUUUCAGGUUUGGGAUGUGUAGUAUGUUUUAAAAUAACUCUUACUUUCAUAUUUGGGGCCUAUUUUACAAAGUAAGAUUAUAUAUUGUGUAUGCUUUUUUUUACAUGGGCAGGUUAGUGCUGGUUCAGUUCAUUUACCCAUCUAUGGGAUAGCAUAGAGUUGAGCAUAUGAGUUACAGACUUUGUUGUACUUUGCUUUUUUUUUUUAAGUACAGCAGACUUCCCAAUGUUGAUAUAACUAUUUGACAAAUAUUUACCACCUUUAGUUCAUAUUUAUUUUUUUUCAUAUAUCCUAAUACUAAUUUUAGUUUUUUACUUUUUCAAAGUGUUUGGAUAUAAAAAUGGUGCUAACUGUCUGAUCUAUAACAAGGCUAUAUUAAUCUUUUGGAUGUUCAGUAUGAGAAAUGCAUGAAAUGUUUUGAUAGUAUUUUUUUUUUUUCAUUUUUACUGGCUUGAUUCAUUUGUGCUUCUUUACAUGUUAGAUCAUUUUUGGAUCUUUUAAAAUCAUCUAAAGAGCCUCUGUUAAUGCUUUUCAUGGUUCCUGAAUAAUGAUUUAAAGAAAGUUACAUUUUUUUAUCUUUGCUUUUCUUGUAAUAGAUAUUUUAUGUCCUUAUACAGAAAUAUAUGCAUUAAAUGCAAAGCACGAGGCAGUUAUACAUUGCUUUAUACAUUUCUUAUGUAAUUGAAUACUUUCGAUAUUGAAGAGUACUGGGACUCAAUGUAUAUGUGAGUUGUGGUUCUAAAUUUGGUUCUAUUUUGACUAAAGGAACAGUCUUUGAAAGCAAAACUGUUACAUAUAGCCAGCUGACAACUUGUUUAAAAGAAAUGUUGAACUCAUUUUGGUUAAGCAUGUUUUAGUAAACAGCUUUGUCUUGAGCAGAUUACUUUACCUACAUUUCAUUUAGCUAUUGGUACUUGUAUUUUGGGUACUAAAAUCAUUUUUAUUUUUCCUUGGUUUUUUGUUUUUAAUCUUUCCACUAUUUCUUUAUUGUCUCUGCAAAAUCAGUAUAUAUUUGUUUCCUAUGAAAAAAAUUCAUACUACAUUUUUAAGUGCCAUAAUGUUCAAACAAUCGUUAAAAAGCCAUUAGUAAUUAUAAAAUACAGGUUUGUUAGUGUGUGUAUUAUUUCUUGAAAACUAUAGCCAGGCAAUUUGCAGUUCUUCAUAAAUCACCAGUUAUAGAUUUAAAUAUAUAUUACAAAACUGUGUAAAACCAUUUUAAUCAUACUAGCUUUAUAAAUAUAUGCAUAGAUUAUAAAACUUUGCAAGUGAAUUUUGGUCUUCUUAAUUAAGAACUCAACAGGAGCCAAUGUUACAAUUGAUAGGCUGAGUAUUUUCUAUGUUGCUUCUUUGAACAACUGAUAUAUAGCAAUAAAUUUUUAAUUGAUUUGAAUACUUUAAUGAAUAGAAAUCAGGUACACUAUUGUGAUUGGCCCUAGACUUUAAAGAAAAGCAAUUUAAAGUAAUUCCACCAACAUACUUAAUUUUAAAUCCCUAGCUCAAUUUUCUUUCUGCUGAUGUCAAAUAGUUAAAUGCAUACUGUUAUACUAUUUUUAAUCCCCUGGCCCCAGAAGAUUUGAAAGACUGUAGAAAUCAUUUUAAUUGAAAGUAUAUAUUACGAAUUUUACUUUAGCGGUGUUUCAAUCAUAUAUUAUUAUCAUAAUCAAAUUAGUAUAAAAUAUAUGCACAUUAAGUCAAAGGCAUAUAACAUUUAUUAUUUUUGGGAAAAAAUUCUGAAUUUCAUCUUGGUGAAGACUAAAUGUAAAAUAUCUUGGGCAGUAGUUAGAGCCACAUACCAGAAAACAAGUUAUGAAAACCUAUAAAAGAAGAGGAAAAAACUCACCCCAAUUUAGAAAUAUUUAUUUUGUUUGCAAUAUACUGUACCUUCAUAACCAGAAGUACUUAUGUAAUCUGACAACUCACAUUUUUUAAUAGAGCCUUCUCACAUACAUAUGUCAGAAGUUUUAUCAUAAGAAAUGACAAAUUUUGAAGAGAAACAUCUUAUGUUCAGAAGGAUCAAGAAAAUGGUUAUCAUAAAUUCCCAGGUUAAAGAUUAGAAAGAAUGUUAUAUAUAUGUACGUGUGUAUAAGUACAAGUACAUAUGUAUAUGUACUUAUAUGUGAGGAGAAAUAUAUAGAAAUCAGUGUUUUAGGAAAAAGUGACAGUGGGAAAUACAAUUGAUAGAGAGAUAAUUAUCUUCUAUAAUUAUGUUAAAGUCUAUUAGAAAUGUUUGACUAGUAUUUGUUGAAUAUAGUAAUAGAACAAGUGGCUUUUAAUGUGUAGUCCAAGGAUAGUUAUAUAUAAGUUCUAUAUUAUUAAUAAUAUUGUUUCACAUACAAAUACUAAAUUAUAGGAAGUGAUACUAGGUAAUAGCAAAAUGGCAUUAGGUUUUGAAAAUUACAGAGUCUUGCUAUAUGAUACAAGAUGAUUUGCUUAAAAGCUGUGGGGCUAGAAAUAUAAAUAGGAUGCCAUCUUUCUACCUGAGUAAAAUACAGUGAGAGAGAACUGUGCCCAAAUAACUAUUUUGCUUAAGCAUAAAUCUAAUUUCCUAUCUCCAACAUAAUAAGUGAUUAAAGGUCCAGUUUGUGUAUAAACAUGUAUGUCCCUUAGUCUCAAAUUAGGUUUUACAUAUAAAAAGGAAUUGUGAAAAGCCUGUUGUUUAUAGAACCUCAAAGUUCCCAAAAUUGGAUAAUAUAUUUUCUAGUCAAAAAAUACUAUAGAAACUUCCAGGUAUUUAUUAUCAAGGCGCUGACUAACAUUGAAGAAAAUAUAUGUGUAAAUAUACUGCUGUGUUUUCAGCUUUUCUGUUGGAUUUCUGGUAUUGUCACCUAAGUGCUCAUUUUUGGGAAAACAGAUUCUACAAUAAAUACGCAGCUUAAAGUUCAAUAAACUUGUGAUAACCUCUAUAACCUCUGUAGUACAAGAGUUAGGAAAUUAUAGGAUGUCACAUGUCAAGUUAACAUCCAGUUCUUUAUACUCUUAACUUUUUUUCUUUAUGAAACAGCACUUUAAUUAGACAUGAUUUAAUUAGUUGAUUAUCCUAUGCCUGGAUAUAUAUAUUGGAUUUUCACUUACAGUACAUUUGAUUCGGUGUUGAUACACAUUUUUAAAGACUGAGGAAUACAAUAAGUUUUAAAUACUAUAGGUUUACAGGUUUUCUUACUGGUUUAAGUAUGAAGUCAAAUAAAAUUCUAGUUUACAUCUCUACAGAGAGAAAAAUUGUUAUCCAUGUCUUUUAUAUUACACAUGUAACUAGAGAUUAUUUAUUGUUAAUUUUGUCAAGUUAUCAUGUGUCCCAUUUAUUUUAAAAUACUAAGCAAAAAGUUCCAAGUUUGCCUUAAAAUACAAGUGAAAUUAAAGAACUGGAUGAUAAUGCCUAUAUUUUUGCCUUAUGAAUUGUGCUGUAUCACAAACCAAGGUGGUUUUGAUUUUAACAGGAUUCUGAAAUUUUGUAGAUGUAGAGUACCAAUAUCUCUACUCUCUUGCAAAGAAUGUGAUUUAGUUGUGGAUUGUGUUGUUUUUGUACAUGUUAUUUACCUCCAACUAUGUAUCUUUUUAGCAUCAGGGUUUAAGUUUUGUUUACAUAGUAGAGUGGCAUUUAGCUUGUUGAAGGUUGUAUUCUGUUGUCUUUCUUUUUUUUUUUGAAGUUUUUUGUGUACUAUUGUGGUAAUGCUCUGUAAUGACUAUGGUUAAAUUUCAUUUAAUGUGAAAUGUUUAAAAUAAAUUUGAAAAACAACUGUU